AUUCCAUGUAAUAUAUUACCUCCUCCGAUAAUUAUUUCUUUUCGAAUUAUGACAAUUGUCUGAAAUCAACGAACUGAUGUUAUAAUAAUAGAAUAAUUGAAUAUCUAUUGAUGUGAAGGUUGGCAACAAUGGGUGCCUUUCAGGACAGACGCUAGCGGUUUUGUAAGAAUUUUUUUAUUAUUGCUAUUUUGUUGUCUACAGCCAGGAAUUUCUUGAUGGACAUUUUUGUUAUUUGAAGAAUAAAAUAGUUGAAUGGAAAUGAUACAAACGAAUAGAUUUAAGGAGAGAUAAUACUUCGAUUGAAUUUACGCCUCUAUAGAUAGGGUGAGAAAGUCGCUUCAAAAUUGAUCAAAAUGGGUGAAAACUCAGAACCAGUGGAUAUAAACAAUAUCUGUCGUUCUUGUAUGGGGACGAACGAAAAUAUGCAAAAUGUUUUCGAGGAUAAAGAAUAUUUCAAGGAUAACAAACUUCAAUUGGCUGAAAUGCUUAUGGCUUGUACAUCAGUCCAAAUCACUAGUGAAGAUGGACUUCCAAAUUUGAUGUGUUCCUCAUGUGAGGGUAAACUUAUUACAGCUUAUGACUUCAAGCAAUUGAGUGAGAAGUCUGAUUUAUUGUUAAGAGAUUUAAUUAGAUCAGCAUCUGAAAAAAAUAACAUCAAGCAAGAGAAUAUAAUAAUACAGCCUGAUUUAAAUGAUGAACUUCCUAAUAUUGAUGUGAAUGAUGAUUUUGAUAAUGGGGCUGAUGAUGGAAUGGAAAUUGAUGAUAGAGAUUACUCAGAUAGUGAUUAUGAAGACAUCGAAUCAAAAAAGGCAAAGAAAUCGAAACAUAAAUAUGCCUGUACACAAUGUGAUAAAGAGUUUCGUUCUAAAAAAGGUUUGAAAAUUCAUGAAAGAAAACAUACUGGAGAUAAUAAUAAGGCUCUCAGAAAGGAGUCCAAAGAAACAAGAAAAACUCGAUCUUCUAAGGAAUUUUCAGAUGAACUAAAGGAUGAAAUUAAAAUUGAAGCCAUGGAAAUAAAUACAACAAAUAUAGAAAAAGCUAGUGAUGAUGAACAAGAAAUUCCAGCAGAGGAAGACACUAAUCAGGAACAAAAAGAAGAAUUCCAAUGUAAUAUUUGUUCCAAAAAAUUGAACACUCAAACCGGAUUGAAAAUUCAUAUGAGAAAACAUACUGGAGAUAGUGUAUCUGUAUGUGAGAUCUGUAAUAAAACAUUCUCGAAAGUAAGUCAUUUCAAACGUCAUCAACAAACUCAUGGAAUAAUAGAAGCUCCUGUUCCCAAAGAAAAGAAGUUGCUACAGUGUGAAUUUUGUGAUAGAACUUUCAAGUAUCGUAAGAGCUUUAAUCAUCAUAUGCAGUCCGAGCAUGGAGUAGACGGUGAUGAUAGCGAUGUUUGCCUUUCUACUAUCGCAGAAAAAGUUAAAAGGGAAAGGGAAGAUAAACCUAAUCCUAAUGCAGAUAAUACUGGUGAUUCUGAAGAAGAUAAACUAGAAAAAGAUGGGGAACUUUUUCCAUCGCCUGAUAAGAAACGUCCGGCUAAAGUCCACGUUUGUCAUGUUUGUCAGACCGAGUUCAAUAGAGCUAAUCACUUAACUCGCCAUAUGAUUUUACAUAGGGCAGUUCUCGUUCAUAAGUGUACUCAAUGUGAUAAUGCUUAUGCAACGGAAGAGCAUCUUAGGAAACAUGUGGAAGAAGGCCAUGUCAAUAAACCUUAUGCUUGUACUAUGUGUAACAAACAGUUCAGUAGAGGAGAGCAUUUAAUUAGGCAUUUGAAGACCCAUCAGAAUUCCAGUGAAGAAGACUUGAAGUGUGCUAUAUGCGAAAAAACUUUCACAAGAUCUGAUCAUCUGGCAAGACAUACUAAGGUACAUCUUCUACAAGACAAACGUCAUGUUUGCUCCGAUUGUGGAAAAGCAUUCAAUCGACUGGACAAUUUAAAAACCCAUCAGAGAAUACACACAGGAAUCAAAGAUCCUUCCAAAUUGCACUUGUGCAUUUAUUGUGGAAAAGAGUUUAAUAAUUCUAGUAAUAUGAUUGUUCAUAUGAGAAGACACACUGGUGAACGACCUUAUAAAUGCAGUCAGUGUGGUAAAGGUUUUCCGAGAUCUCAUGAUCUGAAAUGCCAUGAACGUACUCAUUCCGGUGAAAAGCCAUAUCUUUGUACAUUAUGUGGAAAAUCCUUCAAUAAGAGCAACAAGUUGUUGAGACACACAAGAGUGCACACAGGGGAAAGGCCAUAUGUUUGCAGCAUUUGCGGAAGAGCUUUCACUCAAUCUAACGAUUUGGCUUUGCAUAUGAGAAGACAUACUGGUGCUCGUCCAUAUGGUUGUGGAAUGUGUCCCGCACGUUUCAUACAGUCGGGACAACUCAAAGCACACAGAAGAUCGACUGGACAUUGGAUUGAAACACCACCCGAUCUCAAGGGAGGUCAUCGUGUAGAACCUGUUACUCCAAUUUUAGAUCCAGUUCCUGUUAGAUUCCGGACCAAACCAAAAUUAGAAGAUGAGAAACCACUUCCUCAGAUGAUUAAUCAUAUUCAGCCAGUUCCGCAACCAGAAAUGAUGAAUAACUAUCAGAUGGUUUCGGUAGUGCCGGGCCCCCCAAAGCUGAUAGGCCUCGGUUUGUCCCCUGAAGCAAUAGCAGCAAUGGCACCUCGUCCCGAUGAAACGGAUCACAACAAUUUGCCACCAGAUAUGAAGCUAAAAAUGGAGAGUACGGAGAAAGAAAACCAAACUAUGGCCGAAACUUCCUACCACCAUGAUGCAUUUGCGUUGCAGAAGGGUUACUUUCAAAAUUAUAUGUAGCCAUCUGAAUUUCAUAGGAAUUAUAUUUAAGGUAGAAAAAAUUAAUUCUAUGGAAUUGGACAAUCACUUGACUCAAUUUGAAUAUUUUUAUCGUCUGUUUAAUCCUUGAUUUUCGAGAGGCAAUAGGUUGUUUGACGAAUUUUUAAAUCAGUAAUUUUUAUUGAGCAACUAAAAAUUCAAAAGAUUAUUUUGAUUCAAUACAUUCGUACCAUACACGUCUGAGGUUAGAAAGAAAUAAUAAUAAAAAUAAUGCAAUAACAUGUGUUGAAAGUUGGCUCAAGUUGGUCCAAAUUAUUUGAUUUUCUAAGUUUCUUGACAUACUCAAAAAAUAAUUUUGUUUUUCAAAUUAAUUUAUAUCGUUCUUAAAAAUUCAAUCUAUUAGUAUGUCAACAAAUAGGAAAAUAUGUUUCAUAAUGUCGGAUAGCCUGUUAUUAAAUUUAUUGGUGUUUUCUUUCUCUAUUCAUUCAAUACCUUAAUUAAUCUCGGGUUUCGAACGAUUGAGUCUUAAUUUUAUUUUUUCGUUAAUAUCUGAACCUUUUUCUUUUAAUUUACGAAUUGUAUUGCUAUUUUUAAAAUGUGAUGGUGAUUGCCUGAUUCACCUAAACAGUACUAUUGUAUUAUUGUAACUGUAUCGGAUAGGAAUAUUUAUAAUAUUAAUUUAGUUAUUUUUGAAGACUUCACUGAAUUAAACUUUAAACAAUUAAGUAUAAGUGUAACAAAUGAAGGUCACUACUGUUAAUUCGAACUUAGCAAUAUAUCUGUUCUAGAGAAAAAAGAUUUAAUUUACUUUAGAGACGAAACUCUAGUGAAUCACAUGAUCAAAAUUUUAUAUGUAAGUAGAAUAUUUCGUUUAUCACUUCCAAUGUAUGCUGUUUGUAUGCGUUUGUUUCUCGGUAAAACGAUUGAAGUGAAAUAAUAGUUCGUGUGAAAUGGUAGCUAUAUUAGUUGAAAAAAAUUGAAGCUGUUAUAGCUUUAUAUGUAAUUUCUCACUUUGAAAGGCGAAAUCUUUAGUAUGAAUCUCCGAAGUAGAGUGAUAUAAUUAAUCAUCACAGAUUUUCAGUGUUGUGUAAAUUCCAUACACUGUUUGACUGUCUAUAUAUUUUUUUCUUUUUUAAUUCACACCACAGUAAACUUAGUGUACAUUUGUAAAUAUUUAUAAAUUAUACAUUGUAAUACGUAGUAUUUAAUUCAAAUAAACAUAUUAAAAUU